UAAAUGUGUCCAUGCGUAUUGCGAUACAUAUUUUAGAUUCAGAUUUAAAUUCGGCCUUAUCGGAUGGGUGUGAGGUCCUUUGCUUAACAUUUGUUACUCUGAAAAACGGUGUGAGUGAGGAUAUACGAAAUGAUUUCCACUGUCAUUUACCAACUAAUGGCAUUAACAUUAGUAAAAUGUAGCAAGCCUCACGUUGUAUUCAUCGUCGCUGACGACCUCGGCUGGAACGACGUUGGAUGGCACAACCCAAACAUGAUCACCCCUAACCUGGACAAGUUGGCCAAAGCUGGAGUCAUCCUCAACUCUUCUUACGUACAGCCUCUGUGCUCGCCCUCCAGAAACUGCUUCAUGUCGGGAUACUACCCCUAUCACACUGGACUACAGGACCAAGUGGUGUUCGUGGUGGAACCUAAGUACCUGCCGAUCAAUUUCACCCUCAUACCUCAAAGAUUGAAAUCGUUGGGCUACGCAACUCAUAUUGUUGGAAAAUGGCAUCUUGGAUUCUGCAACUGGAAGUACACGCCAACUGAAAGGGGCUUUGAUUCUUUCGUUGGUUAUUAUUCGGGUAAAGAGGGCUACUACAAUCACACGAGGUCGGAAAUGAACAUGACCGGUGUAGACUUCAGGAAGAAUAAAGACGUGGACAGAGAGGACAAGGGAAGGUAUUCAGCAGAUGUGUACACUGAACGAGCCAUUGAAAUCAUCAAGACACACGAUAAAUCCAAGCCAUUGUACCUUUACCUGCCCUUUCAGUCUGUGCAUGCACCGUUGGAAGUACCCAAGAGGUUUGAGGACAUGUACAAGAACAUUGAGACCAUUAACCGGAGGAUCUAUUGUGGGAUGGUAACUGCCCUGGACGAGGCUGUUGGAAAGGUUGUGCAGAGUCUUGACGAAGAGGGGUUUAUGGACAAUUUGCUUCUGGUCUUCACAUCAGACAAUGGAGGACCUUACUUUGAUGCAGCAAAUAAUCUGCCUCUACGGGGAGCUAAGUCCACGUUGUGGGAAGGGGGAACGAAAGGAGCUGCUUUCGUCUACAGUAAGACUCUGCUGAAGAAGACGGGCUAUGUUAACACUGGAAUGAUGCAUGCUGUGGACUGGUACCCGACCUUGGUGGAGCUGGCUGGUGGAGAGAACACGGACCCCAACAUGGACGGAGUCAGUCAGUACGACAUGCUCAUCAAUGGUGGAAAGAGCAAGAGAAAUGGGUUUGUCUACAAUAUAUACGACAUGACAAAUUCGUCAGCUAUCCGAUAUGGAGAUCUGAAGCUCAUUCAAGGGAGUCCUGGAAACUAUAACAACUGGGCUCCACUGCCAAAGUUGGGAAUGGACAUGAGUGUGUAUGAAGCAGACGAUAGACCGUUUCCGCCAUACAUGAUGUUCAACAUCACAGCGGAUCCUACAGAACACGAAGACAUUAUAGCUAAGUAUCCAGAACUAGCUGCAGUGAUGAUAGAAAAGUUAGAUGAGUACAAGAAGAGUCGUGUUCCCGCACUUGACCCAGCACCAGAUCCAGCUUCUAAUCCCAAAUAUUUCAAUGGAGCCUGGAGUCCUGGGUGGUGUUGAAGACGAAACAGCUGAUGCUGCCUUUUUCCGACUUAUGAUUAUUUACAGAUUCGCAUGAGUGAAACAUGAAACAUUGUGAAAGAUUAUGUCGCUAGCGAGCACCUACUCCGCAUGUAACUAUCUUAAACACCUUUACCCAUUGUCGUUAUGUAGAAAUGUAUUGAUGAUAUUUUAAAUAAAAAUAAUCUUAUUCUC